UCGCUUGAUAAUCAAGCCUCACUGACGGAUACACACGGGUGUACCAAUGUGAAAGGAAUAGGGUAUGGUAAUAAUCAACAAAUCUAAGUAAAUAAGGGAGGUUAAUUGCAUGUAAUGCACUUAUGGCGGGGCGUCUUCGUCGCGUGAGAGAAGAAAGACAAACAGAGCAUGCUCCACGAGCCGAUACUUUUUUCGUCUGGAAUUCUGCGGGUUGUAAAUGAUUCAUAGAGCGAGCUUAUUUUUAAGCGGAGUAAUUGCGCGCAGCUCGCACAGUUAGUCAGUGUGUUACUAUCAGCUAUGAGUGUGUGUGCUGUUUUCGGGUGAGCGCUUGCGUGUGAGUGAAAGCCGGUCACCAAUCUGCAGAGGAGACGGAGAGGAGAGGAGAUACCAGACGAAAGAAACAGUGAGCGUGAGCAGACUUCGUGAAAGAAAGUCAAAUUAAUUUGGCUUUAAUUCUGGGGUUUUAUCGAAUAUAUCGUCCAGCCCUGCCAGUCCAACGGUUGGUCAAGGGAAUCAACUGUUGCUGCAGCCGACUGGUUUUUAAAGGGACAUUAGGCUAAUCACAAUUUACCAAAUCCGUGUUGCUGACUCUGAAUCUGGACAUGGGUUUGAGAAUGAAUUAACCAUCACCUGGAACUGGUGUAUUUAUUGUGCUGCGCGCACCCGGCGGCCGUAUGCAUGUUGUUCAUGGUCUGUUCUGAUACUGCAUAGAGAAUACAUGCUCUUCCAGAAUGAUCCUACUCCACGCCUCUCCUGGCUUUUUGAUAUUGGUUUAUCAUAUUUUUCUAUCAGUCAGUGGCAGUUGCUUGUAGGCAAGUAGACACAUUUGGGCCAUUUGAACAAUUCCAAAGGCAGUUGGAGGAUAAUAGUGGAUUUUGUAUUUCUUUGUGACCUUGCCUUUUCGGCGUUAAUCCAAGAGGAUAGAUGCUAAUGAUGGAGAAUAACGGCAUGGAUGCGCAUCAGGUUGGAAUCAAUCCUGAAUACGAGCCGGAGGGCCGACCGCGGUCAUGCACCUGGCCGCUGCCGACGUGUCCGGAGGAUUUCCCUCGGGGAGUGGAUGAAGCAAAUCGAGGUCUGCCCCUGGCAUCUGUCAAACUGGAGCAGCUUCAGUACAACGUGCCGGCAUGCCGCGGUGGAGCAGCCGAGGGAAGAGGUGGCGCACCCGCGGAGCUCAAACAUCCAGCCGGCGCCCCGGUCCCCAUCGCAGCCGGCGCUCCUACAUGCAUGUCUGGGGCUGCCCGCGACGUGGCCGGCCAGCUGCGCAAAGCCAAGUCGUCCCGGAGGAACGCGUGGGGAAACCAGUCGUACGCGGACCUCAUCACGCGUGCCAUUGAGAGUGCCCCUGAGAAGAGACUCACUCUGUCGCAGGUUUACGAUUGGAUGGUGCGCUUUGUCCCUUAUUUCAAGGAUAAAGGCGACAGCAAUAGUUCAGCUGGAUGGAAGAACUCCAUCCGCCACAACCUGUCCCUCCACACUCGGUUCAUCCGUGUCCAGAAUGAGGGCACAGGGAAAAGUUCCUGGUGGAUGCUGAACCCAGAGGGGGGGAAGAUGGGGAAGGGACCCCGGCGACGCGCCGCCUCCAUCGACUGCCCCAACGGCACCAAGUUCCUGAAGAGUAAAGGACGAGCCAGGGGGAAGAGGGCUGGAGCUGGAGCUGGGAGUGGAGCUGUUGGUCGGGGCAGACGGCAGGGUUAUGGUCUGGGUCAGGGGGCUCGGCCGGGGAUGCAGCAGGGGUCUCCGGAGCAUGGUAGUCCUGCAGGGAAGGGCGGAGUAGGGGUGGGAGGAGAGGAGUACGAUGCCUGGACGGAUCUCCACUCCCGGACCUCCUCCUCAGCUUCGACGCUCAGCGGCUGCCUGUCUCCCAUCCUGGCCGAGGCUGAGCCAGAUGAGCCAGAGGAGGGAGGCCUGUCCUGCUCCACUUCCCCACGUCUCUAUCCCAGCCCUACUUCCACUCGCUCCCCUGCCCUGGGCACUGGGGGGCACUGCCCUGGAACCUCAAUGGAGCUACCCCAACUCACUGACCUGACUGGGGCUAUCAGCCUGGACGAGGGCUACCCCCACCCCCAGAACCACCCUCAGACCCAGCCUCGUAAUGGCUACCCCAGCCCCUACGGCUCCAGCCCCAAGGGGGAAGGCUCCUACUGCGGCCCCGUCUAUGGGCAGCCAUCCCUGGGUAUGCUGCGGCUCCACGCCCCCAUGCCCAUGCAGACCAUCCAGGAGAACAAGCCAGCCAGCUUCCAGCGCCCCCUGAGGGCCUACUCAGAGAACAAUGCCCUGCAGAGCCUGCUGACCGGAGGGCCUGGAGGUCCUCAGUACUGCAGUAAGGACAUGGUCACACUGGGAGGGCAAGGAGGGGAGUCACACACGCUCCUGACCCAGGUAACCAAUCAGAGUCGCAGCAGCCACAAUCAUAGCCAUAGCAACCAUAAUCAUAAUAACCAUGAGCACGGACACAAUCCAGGCCCACACAAUGGUCACGGCUCAGUUCAUGACCAGAACCCCAGCGGUCAUCAUCAGAAUGGUCACCACAAUCACGGUCACCCCAACCUGGACUACAACCAUAGCCACAAACAUCACCUCAGCCCGGGAACUGACUACAACCAGAGUCACAACCACAAACUGAACCCAAGCCAUGACCACACUACCCGGUCCAAUCAGGGUCACCUCCACGGUCACCUCCAGGGUGGACCUAGACCUCCAGCCAUCCAGGCUCUUUCUCCCAGAGUCAACACAGAUAUCCUGCAGCCCUACAGCCUCAAAACCCCCACUCCAACCCCUAGCCACUAUGGCCCCCUCGCCCCCCACCUCCCCACCACCAAUCCCCCGUCCCUGCCCCCCAACCCCGCCUCAGUUCUUGACAUACCCCAGGACCCCUGCCUCCGCCUGGCCUCCGCCCCGGCUCCUCACCCCCACCCCCGCCACCAGCCCUACCCCGGUACCACCUACCACCAGGGUAUAACCAUGACUGACACCUGGCAUGGCUACUACCACCACACCCUCCACCCCUCCCAGAACUACCAGGGACACCCCCACCACAGCACUCACCAACCCAACCGCAUGGCUCCAGACCUGGAUGUAAACGUAGACGUUCUCCCCAGCAGCCUAGACUGUGACGUGGAGUCCAUCCUCCUCAAUGACUUUAUGGACACAGAGGGGAUGGGGAUGGACUUCAACUUUGACGGCUCCCUGUCUCAAGGAGUGGGCAUGGGCAUGAGCAUAGCGGCUUUCGCCGGAGCACCCCAGGGACAUCACAGUCAGAACUGGGUGCCUGGGUGAAGGGGAUUGGUCGUGGAAGCCCAAAGGCCAAUCAGGACACAGCAGAAAGGCUUUCACCCACAAGGCUGAGCUGCAGGGGUCAGAGGUCAGGGAUCAGGGUCAGAACGUACCCUUGGACUGACUGACUGAUUGACUGUGAUGCUUAAUGCUACAAGACAAAAGAACUGAAUAUGUAUUGUCAUGUUGUUUCCUGAGGGUCCCUUACAAUCUCUAUUCUCUCAUUCUCUCUUCCUCUCUCUCUUUGUUCAUUCUUUCCCUCUCUGUUCCUCUCUCUGUGUUCUCUCUCUCAUUCCCUCUGCACGUGCUCUCUCUACUCCCUCUAUCUCUGUGUCCCUCCUCUCUCUGCUGUGAUGGAGUAGCACCACAGCACCCUCCCAGCUCUGUGUUUAUACCCCUGGUUCAUGUCCUUCAGUUGGUCUGCUAUACUGUAUCAUUACAGUAACACUGGUCUGCUAUACUGUAUCAUUACAGUAACACUGGUCUGCUUUACUGUAUCAUUACAGUAACACCGGUCUGCUAUACUGUAUCAUUACAGUAACACUGGUCUGCUUUACUGUAUCAUUACAGUAACACUGGUCUGCUAUACUGUAUCAUUACAGUAACACUGGUCUGCUUUACUGUAUCAUUACAGUAACACUGGUCUGCUUUACUGUAUCAUUACAGUAACACUGGUCUGCUAUACUGUAUCAUUACAGUAACACCGGUUUGCUUUACUGUAUCAUUACAGUAACACCGGUCUGCUAUACUGUAUCAUUACAGUAACACUGGUCUGCUUUACUGUAUCAUUACAGUAACACCGAUAUGCUUUACUGUAUCAUUACAGUAACACUGGUCUGCUAUACUGUAUCAUUACAGUAACACUGGUCUGCUUUACUGUAUCAUUACAGUAACACCGAUAUGCUUUACUGUAUCACGCACUUUACAUCCAUCGCUUUCAAAACAGAAGCAGUAUAACAAAGACCAGGGGGAAGUUAUAGUUUGUGUUGGCUUAAGUUGAAUUUAUGCAAACCACUUUAUUAUCCAUCUCUUCUUAUAAAAAAGAUAGAGGCGGUAUUUUACAGGAUCAAACAGCUGCAUAAAUAAAUAGUUUCAGCGGGUUGAGAUUAUUGUUUUUCAUAUGGGUUGGAAGGUAGGGAGGUUGGGGAAUGGGUGGAUGGAGGGAGGGAUGGAGGAAGAGGGGGCUGGCUUCACCAGGGACAGGGUAAAUUCUCCUUCUUCCUCAAGGAUGGAAGGAUGAAAGGAGGGAGGGAUGGAGGGAUGGAGGAAUGGGGGUCAGGAGUUCUCCUUCUCUCUGUUGGUGUCACCCAACAUACAUGGAUGGAGGGAUGGACGAAUAGAGGAUAGACAGAGGAUAGAGGGAUGAGGAUAAGCUUUGUUGGUUGGUUGCUAUGUCCCCCAGUGUGGUCCAGGAGGACAGCCAUCUAUCAGACAGCCUUCAUCACCAGCUAGGGCCUCCAUUUAAAUGCACAAUCUCCUCUUUAAUCUCUUUAAGCUACGGUGAUGCAUCACUAUUGCAAAUUUAAUACGCCACUCUAUGUUUCUCCCCCCUUCCAUUCACAUCCAUCUGGACGCGCACGCAUACACACACACACGCGCACGCAUACACACACACACGCGCACGCGCACGCGCACGCACACACACACACACACACACACACACACACACACAC